UAUAUGCGUUUCUGUGGUAAUCGAUUCACUUACUUUUCGUACAACCAAACAAACAUGUCGUCCUUCGCUUUCCUUUGCCUUUGCGCUCAACUUCUUCUGGUUCAGAACGUAUACAGCCAGUGCGUGGGCGGCGGGGCGGCAGGCUACGGCCUGGGGCCCGGCUUCGGCCCCGGGCUGGGCGCGUACGGCGCGGCGGUGGCCCCCGGGCUGGGGCUGGCGGGUCCCGGGCUGGCGCUGGCGGGCCCCGGGCUGGAGUACGCGGCGGCGUACGGCGGCGCCGGCGUGGGCGACGUGGCGGUGGCCGGCGAGAUGCCGGUGGCGGGUACCACGCUCGUGGCCGGCCAGGUGCCCAUCCUUGGCGCCGUGCGCUUCGCCGGGGACCUGCCCGCCGCCGGCGUCGUCACCAUCACCGGCAGCUGCGCCUGCGGCUGCGGCGCCCCAGGACCUUACUACUAUUACAUUUUCGAAAGCAUUCGAACACUUAUUCUUGAGAGCAUCACAAAUAAACAUAAAAUACUAAAUAUGUUUGCCAAAAUCAUAUUGUUUUGUUUUGCGCAAGCUUUACUUGUUCAGAAUUUAAGCGCACAAUGCAUUGGAGCAUAUGAAGCUAUAGGAGCUCCUUGGGCGGGCGCAUACGCUGCGGGACCCUGGGUCGCCUCACCGGCUGCCGUGGAGUACUCCAGCUUCGCUCCCCUCAACCUGGCGGCGUCCAGUGGAGGAGGCUUGGCCGUAUCCAGCGCCUCCCCCAUCGCCCCAACCGGCGUCUUCGUGAAAUCCGAGAACGCGUACGACGGAGCUGUGCUCGUGUCCGGACAGCUGCCGUUCCUCAGCACUGUUGCUCUCGAGGGACCCUUGCCUUCUGUCGGCGCGGGAGCGAUCGCGUACGGAUGCGGCAAUGGAAACAUUGCUAUACUCAGCGAGGACAUCGCUCCGGUCGGUUACGGACCCUCGGCCGGUCCUUUCGGAUACGGUCCUAGUAUUGCCGGUCCUGUCGGUCUCGCCGGUCCCCUGAGUUCCGGCCUCGGCUACGGCGCCGGUCCCAUCAGCUACGGCGGCUGGGGCGCCGGCUGCGGCUGCGGCGCUUUGUUUUAAAAGCACUGCUAUAGAUAUAAUAAAGGAUAGAUUAAAAUAAAUAUACUAUU